CUUGUUACCUAGCAACCAGUUUGUUUUCAGAGUGAGAGAAGAAGGUGAAGGCUGCUUCCGAGUCAGAAAUGUUUCAGGUGGAGUUGCCUCGCGAGCGAAAAGCCAGAGAGAGCGUGGAGCGGCGCCGGAGCAAUGAGACGGACCGGCGGGAGAGGAUUUUUAAUGAUAAAUUCAGGACUAUCGGGGUGGAUAAAGAGGCUUUAGAUCUGCAGGUGAUAGAGAAGCUGAAACAAAAAUCACAAUUAAAAAAUCAAGAAGACGCUCACAAUGCUGAGGUGCAGCAGUACAACCGAGCAGCGGGCCUCCUCCAGAGGCGACAUGAGGAGGCGGACCGCUUGGAACACCAGGCCCGAGCCGCGUUCUGGCACCAGAACCAGAAUCCUCAGAGCCGCCGCGAAUUCGACCUCAACGACCCGGCCGCCCUGAAGAAAACCCAGUCCCAGAUGGUUCUGCCGGGCCUGUUGGGCGAGGACCCGGAGUCCGGCAGCCGGCAGCAGAGGCAGCAGGAGCAGCUGAGGGACUGGCUGCUGCAGCAGCGGAACGAGCUGCAGCAGAAACGGCUGCAGAAUAAGCUCAACGCGCUGCUCGACGACCGGAACAGAGAGGAAAUGGACCGCAGAGCGAUGGAGCUGCAGAACCUGGAGAUGGCCAAGAGAAAAGCCGACCUCAUCAACGACGCAAACUACAACGUAGCAAAGCUGGAGGAGAAAAUGAACCGGGAACGGCAGCAGCGUGAGGAGAUCGCGCUGAGCGCCCUGAGCAUCCCCGCCCUCUAUCCCGGCGCCAACAAGAAGGAUCCUGCAGAGCCGCUGCAGCAGGUCACCCAGUUCCAGCUGCGGCAGGUUCUGGAGAAGAAGAGGCUGGACAUGGAGAGGAAGCAAAGGGAGAAGGACCAGGACUGGCUCCUGCUGGACUCGGCCCGCAGCGCCCUGCUGCUGCAGCGGCUGCAGGAGAAGCAGAACAAGCAGCUGAGGAAACAGCUGGACAGCGUCAACGCUCAGCUGGCCCAGAUCCGGCUGCAGGAGAUGCCAGACCUGAAGAGGGGGCGGAUCGACGACGUCUUCUUCACCCAGUUCAACACCUGCAGCAGAUGAUGCACGAUGACAUCACAGCGCCGCGGUGCGACGAUCAGACAUUAAACUGAAAUAAACUGUU